AUGUCUUUGCCAACUUCAGGAUUCGUCUCGUCGAGGAGACUGCGAGCACCCUCAGUCGGAUCUCACUCGAGUCCCAGGUUAAUUCCAGGAUCUCUCGAUGCUGGCGAUGGAGGCUCGGAUGGUGGCAUGAACUAUGGUUCGUUCCGGGGAAGACCAGAGAUGUACACUUCUGGAAUCAAUUCUUCCAUGACUUCGGAUUACAGGGAACCAACAAGGUCCUCGGUACAUCUCUCCUACCGCGGAAUGCCUCCAGCACAUGUCGAUAAUACAUUCACUGCUCGAAGUGUCCGAGAAGAUACAGCCGAACUUGCAUCAUACGCACUCUCAGAUCGAGCCUCUGUAAUAAGUGUUUCCCCACCCCGGCAGCGUACGGCGCAGACGUCCUUGGAAUCGUACUUUGCGCGAGGAGCGGAGGGUGAGAAUUCGCCGUUGAGUAAUCCGGAAGGCCUGCAUCGUCAUAUAAUUGAAGAAGUGUCGGAGCCAGCAUCUCCAGAAGAGAGCAGCCCGUCUUCGUCAGAUCGAGGUCCAGGUACUUCGGUGCUCACGAACAUGUUGAAAAUCUCACCGUCCGAAAACCAACAUGAUGACGAAGGUAACUAUGGAGAGAGCGAAGUUGGGACAGAUGGCAACAGUGGUGUAGAAAGGGACCCCACAGAACGAACUUCUCUACUUGGAAAUAAAGACACGAGAUUCGAACCGCAACAUCCGGAUUGGAUACGGGGAGAGCAGGAUAUCGAGGGGCAGGAAUCUUCAAGGCGGCCAGCCUGGCCGAAGCUGCGCAACGUUGUAUUGUGGCCCCAGGAAAAAGGGGUGGAGAUUGCCCGGACCGUCUUCAACCCGAAAGCCUGGAAUGGGAAGGCGAUUUGGGCGCAUGCUGUCACGGAACCUGCAAAAACCUUACCAGCUGUAGUUCUGGGUCUGUUGCUCAAUAUUUUGGAUGCUCUCGCCUAUGGUAUGAUCCUUUUCCCGCUCGGAAGCCAGAUCUUUGAGAAACUGGGCGCGGCUGGUAUCUCGAUGUUCUAUCUCAGCUGUAUCAUAUCCCAAUUGGUCUACUCGUGUGGAGGCAGUUGCUUCAGGGGCGUGGUUGGGUCUCAAAUGAUCGAGGUCGUCCCCUUCUUUCACAAGAUGGCCUUCUCGAUUCUGGCAACUGUCGGGGAAGAAAAUCCGCAGGCUGUUAUUGCAACGACGAUCACUACAUACGCCAUAAGCUCUUUUGUUACCGGACUCGUCUUCUUCCUCAUGGGCUUCUUCGGCUGUGGAUAUAUCGUCGGUUUCAUACCAAGACAUAUACUCGUCGGUUGCAUUGGUGGCGUGGGCUUCUUCUUGGUAUCCACCGGACUCGAAAUAACUUCACGUCUAAAUGGGAACCUCAACUACGACCUCACGACCCUGAAGAAGCUGACGGAGCCCGACACAUUUGUAUUGUGGAUAAUUCCGUUGAUACUUGCAUUGAUACUCUACAAGUCACAGCCGAUUUUCAACACAAAGAGUUUCCCGAGGUUAUCUAAGUUCUACGUCCCGAUUUACAUCUUAGGUGUCGCAGCCGUCUUCUACUUCUUCGUGAUUUCGAUAGAUCAGUUAGACCCCGAGCACCUUCGGAAGGCCGGCUGGAUAUUUGAGCGUCCAGAGGCAGGAGAACCAUGGUGGUACUUCUACACGCUCUACGACUUCAAAAUCGUGCAUUGGGGAGCUGUUGCCGAGUGCUUCCCGUCCAUGCUUGCUCUCACAUUCUUCGGGGUCUUGCACGUGCCAAUCAACGUCCCAGCUCUCGCUUUCCAGAUCAAAGAAGACAAUCUUAAUCUCGACAGGGAACUGAUCGCUCACGGCGUAUCCAACGUCCUGUCUGGCUUUGCAGGCAGCGUCCAGAAUUACCUAGUGUAUACGAAUACUGUGCUUUUCAUCAGAUCUGGUGGAGACAGCCGACUGGCAGGAAUCAUACUUGCGAUCUGCACAGCUGGAGUUAUGGUGAUCGGCCCAGUUGUCAUUGGCUUCAUACCUACCAUGAUGGUACUCGCGAUUGUAGUCAUUAUGGGGGUGUACGACUUCGUGGCUGGCAUUUGUUUUGGCGUCGCUCUUGCAUUUGUUUCCCAAGUGGUUCAGACGUCGAGAAUUCCAGCGGUACGAGCCACGUAUUCUGGUGAGAUCGCUGGAUCUACCGUUCGCAGAAACCCGACCCAGUAUCGCUACCUUCGAGAAGUGGGGACACAGAUCAAUGUCACAAAGCUGGCUGGCUAUCUGUUCUUUGGUACCAUUGUCAGUGUCGAGGAGCGGAUUCGAGGACUAGUCGAAGACAAGGCAUUCGACGAAAGGCCAAUUCGCUUCUUAAUCUGCGAUCUCGUGCAUGUUACGGGGAUUGACUACUCGGCUGCUGAAGCUUUCAACCGAAUUUUUCGUAUACUGAAUGCUAAGGGAGUCGCGCUACUCCUGAGUGGUGUAGACUGGGAUGAGCCGCUGGGCCAAACCCUCCGGGCCGUGGGACUCGGUGAGGAUGGAGUCGACGUCAAGAUUUUUGAUGAACUCAACUCGGCGCUUGAAAGCUGUGAAAACGAGCUGCUCAAAACUUUCUACGCCAGCACAGCGGCCCGCGUAAGAUCUAACGACACAGCCUCUUCCUUCCUCGACGUUCCUGGUCGUCCACGAAGCCCCUCUCAUAUAAUCGAUGCCCAAUUCAGCUCGCCACGAGGUAAUCACCUUCGCCGCGUGGCCACUACCACCCUAGAUGACAACCCGGGCGAAUCAAGAUACUUGAAUUUCAAGGAACCGCUUCGCUUGAUCCUCCGGACCUUCCAUGGUUUGACAGAAAUGAACGAAGACUUCUGGUUCCAGAUCCUCCCCUUCUUCGUCAGGAAAGAAUACCGUGCUGGCGAGGUCCUUUAUCACCGUGGCGAAGAAGCAACAGGCUUCUACCUCCUCGAAGACGGCAUCCUCCGCGCCGACUACGAACUUCCUCAGGGUCGUUAUUUUGAAAGCAUAGUAGCAGGCACCACGUGCGGCGAACUCCCCUUCUUCUCCGAAACUGACCGUACUGCAACGGUGCAAGCUGAGCGUGACUGCGUGACUUGGCUGUUGGAUAGGGAGAAUUGGGUGAAGCUGCAGAAGUCUGAACCGGCUGUUGCACAGGAGUUGCUGAGGAUCUCGCUAAAGCUUACGAGCGAGCGAAUGAGUGCUAUCACUAGCUAUGUGCUGACUACUGCUGGUUGA